AUGGCCACUGCGUCCAAAGCAUUCCGCGCCCGGGCCUUCGACGCCAACAAGUCGAUGGCGGUUUUUUGGGGCCACGAACUACCGGACCUGUCAGAAUGCACUGCUGGAAACCGUGCCGUCACUCUGAUGCCUUCUGGAAUGGAGAAAGAAGAGGAAAUGGAAUCCCAUCUUCAAGACGCAAUCCUCGCACAGCAAGCCAGUACAUCCGGUAUCCAAGUCAAUCAUGUUAUUCCGACUCCGAAAGUGUGGCCAGUUCCCAGCGAUAGGUACGAAGCAACGUAUCCAUCGCGGAACAAGCACGUCAGAAGCAAGUACAUCAAAGUUCAUGCGUGGCAAGCGCUUGAACGUGAUGAACCUGAAUAUGACUAUGACACUGAGGACGAGGAAUGGCUCUCAGAUCAUCCCCACAUCGAGCCCAAGAUACUUGAGAAAAUAUUCGAUACCGUUGAGGCGAACUCGUCAGAAACACAGAUUGCGAGCGAAGACUCGGUUCUGAACAUUCAUAAAGCAUUAGACCCGUCGAUUGUGUAUGAGGUUUACGAGUACUGGCUUUCGAAACGAACAUCGUAUGCGACAACGUCGGGAUGCCUCGGAGUCGGCGGUUUAAUACCGCGAGUUCGGACAGAGUGCCGAAAGGAUGCGCAAGGCUCGGUUAAUCCGUAUGUCGCGUUUCGGCGGCGCGCUGAAAAAAUGCAGACAAGGAAAAAUCGGAAAAACGAUGAAGACAACUAUGAAAAGAUACUCAAGCUUGUUCACGAUUUUUCGAAAGCUCAGCAAUUGUUCAACAUGACGACUCGGCGAGAGAAGCUGAAGUUGGCAAUGAUUGAUCAUGAAGCAGAGAUUCUCAGCAAGAGGAUGCAGUUGACAGAUUUCGGCGUGCCGUCCAUCUAUAACGAUUUUAUGGAGCGGCUGCGGACAGGCUCGGGCGCCAGUGGCAGCUCACCAACGAAACCGCUCUCGCAACUCAAUGGAGCAUCUGUCGACGAGGCGAAAAAGAAGAAGAAGGCGAAACGCACCAAAAUCUCCGUCGACCGCGACAUUGUCUCGAAGGCGUGGCUCAAGAAAAACGUGGAAAGCUGGAAUCGACCGCCGACACUAUUCAAUGGAACCUCGGUUACAUCAGCACCAAAUCCAGAAAAGCCGAAACAAACCGCUUACGUCGAUGGCAGAUAUACGUUCAAGCGACGACGGGGUUGCGUUUAUCGUGCAGCUCUUCCAGUAUUGCCAACGCCACAACAACCGACUGUUCAGACCGCGCCACAGAUUCCUCCUCACCUUCGUUUUUACGAAACAAUUCUCCCAUCAUCAAAUGGAUCGUAUCGAUCUAUUGGCUACGCUCGUCGACGUAUUGGUCGUGGUGGACGAGUGCUUUUCGAGCGUUUACCGCGCGAUAUUAGACCUCCGAAUCCUGGUGAACAAAUCGAUCCGUUCGACGAGGCCAACCUAAUUGAUACUUCAAGGGUGUUCCGAGCGCGAUUGCAUCCGUUCGCUGAUCUGGCAGAAGAUGAGGAAGAGACGCCGACGGCGAAGUUCUUUGCUCGCAGCAAUCGUACUCGCUUUAAUGAUGAGCAUUUGGAACGGGAAUGGGUAUCAAAAUAUCAGGGAUCAUGGAGUCAUCAGCGAGAUGAUAACAACGCGAAUAAUCAUGAAGAUGUGCAUACGAGUUCGAGGGAGAAUGAUGAUAGUGAGGUGGAGAAAAUGCACGUAGACGGGAACGAGGAUGAUGCUCAAAUAAAUGAUUCGAAAACACGGAUAGUAAACGGGAACGGCAACGGGAAUGAGAAUCAUCAUCACCAUCGAGAUAAAAAUGAGGACGAGGACAUGGACGUGGAUGAGGUUGUUGACCGAUUGAGGCAUGCGACCGGUGGCAAAGCAGUGCCAUUGCCGCAAAACUCGCGGUCGGGAAACGGAACAGCGGGCAGGGUGGGACCGACUCCGGUGCCGGCAAAGAUGUGCGGAACGGUAUCGGAUUCGGAUGAUUGGAGAGAGCCGAGCGGUUCGCCGUCGGAAUCAAACUCGUCGACUGAGUGGAAUGGGUUUGCGACAGAUCGCGUGUCGGUCGGCUAUCAGCCAAAAAUGAUGGGCGUCGACGACGAAGUUCCGUCGCCGGCGAGGCCCGGUGAUCAUCCGGCCGCUGCGAAGCCGGCUUCCAUCAAAGAGUUCUGCGAUGUCAACGGUAACAAUUCUGGAGCGGAGCAACAAGUUCAUCUUACCAUCCUCGAUCGGAAUGUAGAAUGA